UUUUGCUUUUCAAAAAACCUACGGUUGUCACAUAAAGUGUUUUUUUUUCGGAUACAGUGGUUCCGAAGUUCCAGUUUUUUUAUGACAAGGUUUUGAAAAACCGCUGGACGAAGUUUUACAAGAAGCUGACGACACCCGCGCGUUCCGGGUCCCCCCUAGAGCUGGUUCAACACCGGUACGAUCGAUCAAUGGAAGAGUAUAUCAAAAAGGUAGACCCGGAUUAUGCAACGAACAUGAACGACGAGCAGUAUCAGAAAGUGAGAAUUCCAAACCAAGAAAACCAGCUCGCAAACACUCCCGAGAAGAAGAAAAGAAUGCUGCUUGUUGAUUGGAUACAAGGAAACGACGCGGAAAACUUUGACAGCGUCUUGCGGUGGCUCGGUUCGUGGCCCCCCUUCUCAACAGACCUGACAGAAAUGGAAGUCAUCCGCUCCGGCAAAAUAGUAGAAGAUUAUAAACUACUCUCCGAAGGGGACGAUGGUGACUCGCUAUGGCAGACGCAGCUCCAGGUCUUACACAUCACGGUGGAUCUCGAGCUUCUGAGUGACCUGCCGAACCUGAAGCUCAAGUACCCCCCGGAGAAGCUGAGGCAUUUAAAUCAAAGAGCCGAUGACGAAAUUGAGGUGUUGCGGAGCCAACCGCAUCUCUGGCGCCCCCUGCGUGGAAACGGUCAAACCGCAAAAGAGAUCAACUACAUGGAGAGUUGGUUGAAAAGCCAAGACAAUGAAGAACUCCGAAAAGAGCUAGUGCAAAGUCUUAUGCGCGGUUUGGUUCGUAUGUUUGGUCGUGAUCUACGUAAACGGAAAUCGUAACUAGGGCCGUAAUAUCGUAAUUACGUGAAUCACGAUGGGCCACUAGCUAAGCAUCCGGAUGCGCUUGACCUUCAGUGCUGUUUUGUUUGGCUCAAGUCUUGCGCUUGCUGCCUGAGUAAACUAGGGCGAUUUUUUUGUUGGCGCUUUCGCUCCCGUUUCUGGAAUUGGAUUGACACUUGUGCUCUCUACCACCGUGGAACACGAUCAGACCUCAUGAAUCGGCUUAGAUUCAUAAUAGUAAACGAAGCGAACGAGGCCCUUUCAAGCUCUGUGCAAAUUUCAGCAAUAAGUCCUGACUCAGUGCACGCGCAGCACCAAGAAGAGGGAGCGACUAGCGCCAUUGAACUACCAGACGCCUCCAAGCAAAAGCAGCAGCAAGACCACCAAAACACCUACUUACCCCGCAACGUUGGCACCGUGGUAACCGCGACGACGCACCCCGAGGAUUCCUCCUCCCUCCCAUCCGUUUCCCCAUCCGGGUCUCAGACCACUGCACAGCCUGCUGCUAUCAAGGUGCCAGAAGUUCAUCUCGACGACCCUACAUCAGCAUCUUCAUCUUCUGGUGCGUACGACCAAACCGGAGGUUCUCUGCACAGCCCUGCAGAUUAUAUGCAUCAUCAACUUGCAACCACGGUCAACAUGAAUAUUGACGGGACGGGAUCAACUACCUCUGGCGAUGCUGGUGGCACGGGUACAUCCGGAGCGCAGAGGAGAUCGAGCAAAACUUCACGCCUGUCGGACGGUGAACCGCUGAAGCACACAGAUGAGGAAACUUCGCCGCCCGGAUCCUGGCCCAAACAAAAUGUAUUUGCGGUUCCAAGCAGCACGCCCCCCCCCCCUUGA